AUGAAAGCUGGGUUUUGGAUUCUUGCACUGACUAUUCAGUGUGUAGUAGCUAACAUUCCCAUUACUUUUAGAACUGCAGUCACUCAUGAUGCGCUCCCCGCUCCUGGAUCACAACAAGGACUUAGUGCUUCGCCAGCACCUAAGCGAGUUGAACGUUCUGCUAGCCGUGGAUGCCCACUCUCUCCAUUCGCAAGACAUUUAUCCGAUAGCCAACAGCAAACACUACAUGAACUGAUUAUCCAAGCUCGUGGACAAGGCGCUGACGAGCCGACUGUAAAAGAACAUAUUAACAAAUAUCUUCAAGAGAUUAUGUCUCCACAAGAGUUCGCAGAGCUACAAGAGGAAAAUCGUCAAUUUGAAUUACAUCGUAUCAGCAAGAGACAUGCUGAAGAGAAACAACAGCCACAGAAGGUUUAUGAUCUUUUGGAUCAAUAUAGUGGUGAUUCCGAUAAUAUGUAUGCCAAAUUCUACGAGGAGUAUAACGCUAAGAAGAUCAGACAGUUCAGCUAA